UUUUUCCACAGGCGACGCUUUUAUGUGUUUUUGACCGUGAUCAGUAAGACGAUUUUUCGUCCUUCAUUAAUUGUGCAGUUCGAUCAUGUCUAUGCUUGCGGAGCCGCGGAAAAGGCAGCGAUGGUCGAUGAAUCCAAAUGGAAUGAAUUGGUCGUGCGAUGAUUCGAAAAUCGGACAGAAAAUGCUGGAAAAGAUGGGAUGGGCCAAAGGGAAAGGUCUCGGAAAAACUGGAAGUGGUAUGCUUGAUCCCCUGAAGGUCAACGUGAAUUCGAAUCAAAUAGGACUCGGUUUCACGGGUGUCCCGGACACUGCCUGGGUACAGCAUCAGGAUGACUUCAAUUCAUUGUUGAGCUCUCUCAAUAAGUCGACAGAGCCCACAUCAGAUUCGCCGAAGGAAUUCAAAUCUUUGGAGGAAAUGUCGAAGAAAUCUUUGAAACGCAUACAUUAUCACAAGUUCGCAAGAGGCAAGGAUUUGAAGAAUGCCACCGAAAAAGACCUAGCCAGCAUUUUCGGUAUCAUAUCCAAAAAGAAAACGGAGCCAAAAGAGGAAGAAAAGGUUCCCACAAAAAGUGGAGAAACUUCGGAAAGUUCAUCGUUCGGUGUUCCCACUGUCCACGGUGGUUGCUUGACAGCGUAUUUCAGUCGCAAACUUGCCGCGAAACAAAACAAAUCGAGUGUCAUCGAGAAUACAGAAGCAGACUUCCACGAUUCAACGAAAAAGAAGCCACAAAGAAAUGAAUUUGAAGAAGAAGGCUCUCCGAAUGCUCAUACAAUUUCGGAAGAACGCGUAAACUUAGAAGUUACUCUAGUCAAAACUAAAAAGAAGGCUGUUGUUAGUGUUGAAAAUUCUCCGGAACCAGUGAAAGAUCGUGAUGAAACCUGGGAAGAUGGCGGAGACGAGAAAAUUCGGAAGAAGUCUAAAAGGAAGCGUCGUGAUUGCAACGACGUGGAUCUUUCUAUUGAUAUUGAAUUACCCGAACAGAAUGAUAAUCUGGAAAAUAAUGCAGUAAAAGUUUCAGAGAAUCGGAAGAAGUCUAGCGAUAAACAAAAAUUGCAAGGGGAAGAUUCAAGUUCAAUACACAAAAAUGAUGAUGAGAAAAAUUCAGGAUCUUGGACUGAAAAAACGGUCACUGGGAAGAAAAGGAAGAAGCGUCCCGCAAUCGUCUCUGUUACCGAAUGUAGUGAUGAGAUCGUCGAUCAGAGCCAAGCCCUUGGAAAGAAAAAAUCGCGUUCGGACCAAAUCGAGACGGCGCCAGAAUCUAUAAAGAAGAUGAAGAAAAAGAAAAGGAAUGCUGACGAUCGUUGUGAAGAACUGGAAACCAUCCCGAUGAAUAACAUCGAAUCUGUUUUGGGUCAAAUCGAAGGUAAAAUUGCGUCAAAAUCGACCGGAAAGAAGAAGAAAAGGAAACUGACUACUGAGACUUGUUCUGAAGAACAGGAAACCAUUCCAGUCAAUAGCUCCGAAUCUUCUUCAGGUCAAAUAGAAAGCGAAACGGCGUCAGAAUCGACGCAAAAGAAGAAGAAAAGGAAAAGGUCUACUGAUUGCUCUGAAGAACAGGAAACCGUUCCAGUGAAAAACUCCAGAUCUUGUUAUGAUCAAGUGGAAUCCGAAGUAGCGUCAGAAUCGACGAAGAAGAAAAAGAAAACGAAAGAAAUUAUUGCUGAAGAUUGUUCAGAAGACUUGGAAAUUGAAACAGAGGAUUUCUGCAAAUCUGCUGUGGAUCGAAGCCAUAUCGAAGCAUCGUCAGUAUUGCCGAAAAAGAAGAAAAAGAAAGUGAUCACUGAGGACAUCUCAGAAGAACUAGAAGCCACAGCAACGGACGAUGCAGAACCCGAAAAGAAGGCGUCUGAUCAGAAACAAAACGGAUUUUCUCGAUUGAAUUAUACGUGUGGAGAUAAAUGGUCGCACGUCCCAGACUCUAUAAUGGAUUCGUUGAAAACUGCGUUCAAGGGAUCUAACAUUUGCGAUAUCGCGGGCUAUGGAAAUCAGCAUUUGAAAAGUUGAUGUUUUUCAAUGUUUCCUGAAGAUAUACGAGGUCGGAUUCGAUGAAAGAAGAA